AUGCUCACUUAUAUAUACGAAUUAAUUGAUAAAAGCCAAGGAUCAAUAUCCAUCAGUGAUUUCAUCAUGAAUGCUGCUCUAUACCAUAAAGAAUAUGGCUAUUACAUGAAUAAAUUACCGCUUGGCAGUGGUGGCGAUUUUAUCACAGCACCUGAAAUUAGUCAAUUGUUUGGUGAAAUAAUUGCAGUUUGGCUAAUGUACACAUGGAAAAAAUUGGGAAAGCCAUCAAAAUUUUCUCUAGUUGAACUUGGGCCAGGUAGAGGAACACUACGGUGUUUUUGCACAUAUUAUCCCCAAUAA